AUGGAUGUGAGCGAUGAAGACAGCGACAGGGAGCUUGUUCGUGGAAGAAGCUUGGCACCAGUGACAGCACUGAAUGCGAAACAGGAAUCUGACAGUGUCAGCCCUGUACUAGCUCCUGUGGGCAAAUCUGCCAGUAUUACAUCAGAUAAGAACGGGGAUGUGGGGGAUGUCGAGCGCGAUGACCAAAUGCGUGGAGCCCGGGUCAUCAGGUAUGAAGACACACCCUUUGUGCUGGCGCGACAGCCACCAGACAAUGUCGCUGCUAUAGAAUGGCCGUCUAUGGAUCCUCUCAAUACCCUAGGUUCGAAAGAAAGGGCCCAGGAGUCUGCAGAACACUCGUUCCUGGACAUCGGACACGAGACGUUUGUUUACGGCAGCGCUUCGGUUCCGCAGCACCACACAGUCAACGAGCUCGCCAGCGCAGAACAAACGAUCCGCCAGGGAGAACGUGCAUCUAAUGUUGAAUCGCCUACUCUCGGUCUUCUUGAUGAUGCCUUUCGUACUGGCAAAGUCUGGCGAGUAUCGUCGCUCGAAGCUAGUGUACCUGCAUCCGAGGCGCCUUUUGAUGUCAAAGACGACGAGGGCAUGUCGAGAGAUGAAAAGGCGGAUGCGGAACGCGCUUUCAGUCCUGUGUGGUUUGCUAAGAGCGACUUGCAGCUUCCGACAAGCACUCGGGAUCUUGGGAAUGCAGAUGGAAGCGCAGAAAUCCGCGCGACAACAUCUGGAGAAGAACGCGACGCGGACGCAGGCAGUCGAGUAAUGGCCGUUGGCGCGAUUGCAGCCCCAGCCCAGCAGGAAAUACGAAGACAUGGGGACCGGGAGCCUUCGCUUAGCCAUACCCUUGCGGGGGCCAGUGCUGCGGCGGCUGACAGCGACACCUCGACGCGCUCCGCGCCGCCCUCCUUAGUUGUCGACGCCGCUGAAAAGCAUACCGCCUCUGGAUCACUUAGUCCAUCAUGGGGCCGCGGACACAGCAUCAUUGAUCCACGCGUGGCUGAGCGCGCUUCCGAUGAGAUGGGGGACGAAAGCAACCUCGUCACGCCCGCCGGGCAGGUUCCGCGCAUUACCACCCAGAACGGUCCGGAGACACCCAAGGCUGGACAACCGUACAGCGAGCAUUCACGUCCCGCCAUGUCAAACAGCCACUCCCAUGGCCAGGCCAGCUUUCCGGACUUCAAGCACCAAGCACAGCAACUGCAGGUUUCAAAUAGCGCUACGGCGGCUCCAGAACGGUCAAGAUCCAUGCUCUCGCAGAUAUCUGCCAUGGUUUCUGACGAGGGAAGCAACCCUUACUCUCAAACAUCUACUGGAAGAUCAACCCCGUCAACAAUUCGUCGCAUGCAGCCAGAGUCCACCGUGAAGCCUUCGGCAGUCCCACCACAGAUUCCAGAGGAGAUUUUGAUGUCGUAUGGUGGCGACGAUGGUUUUGAUCUUUACGCAGAUCAUAACGGAGUCGUCAAGGAUGUGCAAGACGAGCAUGGCCAGCCUUUGCGACUUGGACAUCUCCAGGUGCGAGGGGCAACUACCCAACAACAGCCAUCACAGCCUUCAACUUCCGGUAUUGCGACAGCGCCAUCAUCUCGCGAUGGUGAUCGCCCAAGAUACAGUUUUGAAAGGCCAAUGAGCUUCGUCUCAGGACCUGAAGACCAAGACGGCAAACCUCAAGAUCAGAUCAACCAGACCGCAUCUGCAAAUGCAACGCAAUCUUCCCCUGUCGCUAUGCAGCAUCGUAAUCAGUCCCAGCAAUCACUACACAUGGACACAGUGUACUCACCGAACCCGCUAGCAAACGUCGCACCGCCCUCGGGUCGGAGCGCAUUGAGGCACCAGCCAAUGCUUGCAUCUGGCCCAUCUCCAUCCAAGAAUAUCUUCCAGGCGGUAAAGUCAAUCGACCCCAGUAACAAAACCACUCAGAUUACCGUCAGUUCUUGGCGUCCUGCGGGCCAUCAAGCUUCCCAGCAAGCAGUUUCCGGAAGUCCUGAUCUUAACUGUCAGUUACCACAGGCCACUCAAGCUUCGGGUCGGGUUCCGCUAGCAGAACAAGAGAGGCCAGCAAUUUCGGGGCCGCAGAGCAACCCGAAUCGCGCACAAGGGCAGAUGGAAUCUCAUGGACCCAGAAAUCAAUUUGAACUGCAACAGCAAUUGUUGCAGAGGCAAGGGCAAUACCAAGUUGCCGCGUUUAGACCACCCGCCAAUUCUUCGUCUCAACCUGCCGAGCAAACAUCAAGAAACCAGGAGAAGUCAUCUUCGAAACCUCGGCUUACAUCAAUGUUCAAGAGCUUUGGUGGUAAGACACAGGCGAACCUCCAGCAUACGACCAACUCUGGCAAUACAGCCAUAAUCUCCCAGUCCAAGCCACUUCCGCCGGAUCCUAGUUCUGGUACUCCGCUUCACUCUGUAAUGGACAGAUUUAUGCGCCCUAGGGAGGCAUCGGCAGAAAAGCUUAUCGACCAGCAACAUCCUUUCUUGCCGCAUAGUCGCCCAAACAUGGGGCAGCCACCGGAGUUUGGGCAGGCUUCGUUACAGGUACACUCGGUAGAACCGCGUGUCGAUUCGAGAACGCGCAUUGCAUCCGACCUUCCCAACGACUUUUCAUCCCAGCAGCCACCGUCAAUAUCCAAUGUUCAAGUCCAGGCCCAUCAAGUAUCAUACUCGAAAAGACCAGAAUCUGGCAAGAAGAAGAGAUUUUCUGCGUUGGGCGCUCUGUUCAUUCGAGGUGGUGUGAAUGGUGAUGGAUCGGCUAUGAAAUACAAGAUGUCAAAAGAAGGAAAGAAGGCACAGAAGA